UCCGCCAGCAGAGUUCACAGUUCACCAGCUCGCCUCUCAAAAUGGCGACUGACCUAAUACGGGGAUGGAGCGACGAGCAGCUCAAAAGUGACGACUUGCCUAAAAAAGACAUAAUAAAGUUCCUCCAGGACAAUGCGGCCCACUCGUUCCUCAAUGAGCACAAAUUGCUGGGAAACAUAAAAAACGUGUCGAAAACGGCAAAGAAAGAGCAGCUGGCCGACGCUUACAAUCAGCUCUUCGAGAGCAAAAGGUUUAAAGGCACAGAGCCCGUGGAGGACGUAACCGAGCACGUCAGAGCUGUGAAGAUUGACGACAAGCCCAAAGAAGCCAAAGCAGAAGCCGUGGAUGAGGGUCCGCCAAGAUAUACCAAAUCGGUGCUGAAGAAAGGAGACAAGACCAACUUCCCAAAGAAGGGAGACACUGUGAGCUGCUGGUACACCGGUACCCUGGAGGAUGGGACCGUGUUUGACACGAACAUCCCCGCAAUUGCAAAAAAGAAGAGGCAAACCAAACCUCUGAGUUUUAAAGUGGGCAUGGGCAGAGUCAUCAGAGGGUGGGACGAGGGCAUUCUGACUAUGAGCAAGGGCGAAACAGCACGACUGGAGAUCGAGCCUGAAUGGGCUUACGGAAAAAAGGGCGUUCCUGAUUCCAAAAUUCCUCCCAAUGCAAAGCUGAUUUUUGAAGUGGAGCUGGUGGCUGUGGAUUAAAGAUGCGCCCACAUCCACAGAACGUCAAGCCGUUUUUUUUCCCUCCCUGAAAGAUCUAAGUUCACGCCGUCUUUGGACUGUACUGCACUCGGCUCCAAUAUUUACCGCCAUGCCUUGUGUCUGUUUACUUAUCAAGAACAAAUAAUUGCUGGCUGUUUCAAAUGCUAAAUGAAAAUGGAUGACUUUUCAAUGUUUAAAGGGUUGUGGAACGACUUUGGGUCUGUUUGUUUUUUUGCAUGUAAAAUAUGGAUAAUAAAUCUGUUUCAUUGAA